AGGCGAAAAGCGGUCUCGUUGCCGUCACUCCAACUGUGUUUGCUGACUCCAGGGAGUAACGUAAGCUAGUCUCGCGUAGGCACUCAGAGAAAAGUGUGUAUAUACUUUGAAAAAAGUCCCAUCCCCCCUCAAUAGGUGCAGAAAGUAUUAUGUAUAUACCAACAAUAGUCAGUGUAGUACAGAUAGUAAGCUUGUGUCUUUUGGCACUGAUGGGCAAAAAAAAAGCAAUAUCAUCGACACUCUUUUAUUGGAUGUUGUAGGUUUAGGGGCAGUGAAAGGGAGGCAGAAGUGGAUUAUUAUAGCUAGAUAUGAAUAGGUGCAGGAAGAUUGAAUGUUUUACUACUCCAUUCUCAAACUAUAGUCAGAGUAUUACAGAUGGUAAGAGUGUGUCUUAUGUCACUGAUGCUCCCACAACAAUUCAAUAUCAUUGACACCAUUUUAUUAGAUGUUGUGGGUUUCGGGGCAGCUAAAGAGAGGCAAAAUGUUUACUAAAGCUAGAUAUGAAUAGGUGCAUGAAAAUUGAAUGUUUUACUACUCUGUACUCAAACAAUAGUCAGAGUGUUACAGAUGGCAAGCGUGUGUCUUCUGGCACUGAUGCUUCCACAAUAAAUUCAAAAUCGUUUGCACCCUUUUAUUAGAGGUUGGAAUGUUGGGGACAGCGAAACAUAGGGAAAAGCGGAUAACUAAAGCCAUAUAUGAAUAGGUGCAGGAGGAUUGAAUAUUUUACUACAAACAGUACUCAGAGUAUUACAGAUGGUUUGGGUGCAGUGAAAGAGAGGCAGAAGUGGAUUACUAAAGCUGGAUAUGAAUUAGAGGUUGGAAUGUUGGGGACAGCGAAACAGAGGAAAAAGCGGAUCACUAAAGCUAGAUAUGAAUUGGUGCUUGAAGAUCAAGUGUAUUUCAACACCAUACUCCUACCAUAGUCAGAGUAUUACUGAUGAUGUUGUGGGUUUGGGGGCAGCAAAAGAGAAGCAGAAGUGGAACACUAAACCUUGAUAUGAAUAGGUGGAGGAAGAAUGAGUGUAUUUCUACUCCAUACUCUUGCCAUAGUCAGGGUAAGCCGGUGUCUUCUGACUGUGAUGGUCCCACAAAAAUGCAAUAUCAUUGGUGAACUUUUAUUCGAUGUUGUAGGUUUGGGGGCAGCGAAAGAGAGGCAUAAAUAGAUUACUAAACCUAGAUAUGAGUAAGCCUGAGUGUAUUACUACCGACAAUAGUCAGAGUAUUACAGAUAGUAAUCUUGUGUCUUCUGGUACUGAGGUUAGAAGGUUAGGUUAGAGGUUGGAAUGUUGGGGGCAGCGAAACAGAGGAUCACUAAAGCUAGAUAUGAGUAGAUGCAUGAAGAUUGAGUGUAUAUCUACUCCAUACUCCUAUGAUAUAGCAUUUUUUGUGGGAGCAUCACUGCCAGAAGACACAGGCUUACCAUCAGUACUACUCUGACUAUGGUAGAGUGUUGUAGGUUUGGGGGAAGAAAAAGAGAGGCAGAAGUGGAUUAGUAAAGCUAGACAUGAAUUGGUGCAGGAAGAUUGAGUGUUUAACUACCAUAGUCCGAGAAUUUCAGGCACUGAUGCUCCCAUAAAAAAUGCAAUAUCAGAUGUUGUGGGUAUGGGGAUAGCGACAGAGAGGGAGGUUGGUUUGGGGGUAGCGAAAGAGAGGCAGAAGUGGAUUAGUAAAGAUGUUGUUGCAGCGAAAGAGAGGAAGAAGUGGAUUACUAAAGUGUAUUAUUACUUCAUACUCCUACCAUAGUCAGAGAAUUGCAGAUGGUAAGCCUGUGUCUUCUGGAACCGAUGCUCCCACAAGAAAUGCUACAUUAUCAUUUUAUUAGAUGUUGUUGGUUUGGGGGAAGCGAAAGAGAGGAAGAAGUGGAUUAGCAAAGCUAAACAUGAAUAAGUGCAGGAAGAUUGAGUGUGUUACUACUCCAUUCUACUACCAUAGUCAGAGAAUUGCAGAUGGAAAGCCUGAGUCUUCCUCCCACAACAAAUGUAAUAUCAGGUGUUGUGGGUAUAGGGGUAGCGAAAGAGAGACAAAAUGAUUAGAUAUCAAAAAGUGCAGGAAGAUUUAAUGUAUUACUACUCGUUACUCCAACAAUAGUCAGAUGGUAAGCUU